ACAGAGGCUGGGCUUUGCUCCCCGCCCCCCGCCUUACCUCUCCCCAGGAGGUCUCAGGAGGUCUCAGGAGCCCGUGGUUCCCCUGGAAGAUCAAGGUGCUACAUGGGUCCCUGCUGAGGAAAGGUCCCUCCGCGUGUCUGCGCACGGCCACAUCCGUGUCAGGGCCUCUGGGAACCUGCUUGGCGGGCAGGCAGAGGCAGAGGGGGUUCUGGGGUGCUCAGGCUAGCCAAGCUGUCUGGGCCCAGCCCUGGAGGCCCAGAGGUUGGGGUCCAGACCCCACUCUACUGGGCGGCAGGCUACUUCACCUGCCGAGCCUCCGAAGUGGGAGCCGUCAGGGCACCUUCUUCCUGGCCCUGUGCAGGGCGAGAGCUAGGUGUCAAGCACCCAGUGCAGGGGCGCCCUGAGGUCAGCCCUUGGGAAGCGCCCGCCGCAGCCGGUGGCUGUGCUGUCUUGCCGCAGUGCCUGUGCAUCUCGGGUCUCCUCCUCCCUCCAGGUGGGCUGGCUUGAUGUUUGGUUUGCUCAGAGCUGUCCUGGUUCACGGUUCGGCACCAACAGCCUUCCACUCUGGGAGUGCAGGUCAGACGGCGUACUCUGGUGGCCGGUCUGUCCGUUGGAUCAGGAGCCACGGAGGUUUCACUUGAGGUGGUGGCUUUACGUGGCUGUGCUUGGAUCCCUGUGGAGCAGGAGGGCAGGAGGCCGAGGGGAUCCGCAGCACAACACGAGGACCAGACACCCCAGCGAUGACCAGCUCCCCUGUCUCCAGAGUUGUCUACAACGGCAAGAGGAACAGUGGCCCCCGCUCCCCCCCCACCAGCAGCGAGAUCUUCACCCCGGCCCACGAGGAGAAUGUGCGCUUCAUUUACGAAGCCUGGCAGGGCGUGGAGCGGGACCUGCGGAGCCAGGUGUCCGGCAGCGAGCGGGGCCUGGUGCAGGAGUACGUGGAGAAGGCCCCUAACCCCAGCCUGAAGACCUUUAAGCCCAUCGACCUGAGCGACCUGAAGCGCCGGAGUACGCAGGACGCCAAGAAGUCCUAACGCGCGGGCCCCCCUUGGCCUCUGGGAGAUUGGUGCCUCCCGGUGGUGGCCCCUCCCCUCCUGUGGGCCCAGCUCCUGGGGGGGAGGGGGAGGGGCCGUACUCUCUGCAGGCAAACCCCAGGACCAGGACCAGGACCUGUGACUGAUGGCCAAGGCCUGCCCCUCCUCCCCCAGCCCCGUCCUUUCCUGGGGGGAGAUCUCAAGCUGCCCCCCGCACUGAGAGGGUCUGGGCCCUGCCAGCCCCUGCUCUGUCUCUGGAGCCGGCAGGCCCUGCCCACCCUCCAGGGUCUUGAGCCUGACUCCCCUUCCCUUCCAUCGCGUCCACUGCACCCCCACCCCCGGCCACUUCCAGGAUCAGGAGGGAGAAGAGGGGGCCUCUGCUGUCGCCUGGGCCUGUGGGACUAGGCCAGGUGUGACCCUGAGGUGGUCAGGAGGCCGGAAAAAGGCAGCCCCACCACGGCCAGCGUGGGGUCCCUCACGCCGCUGCUUCUCUGGCCCGGACACACUGGGGAGCAAAUCUCCCCCCCACACUGUUCAGCCCUGGCGCCUUCUUUCCUGCAUCAGCUUCAGGAUGGCUCUCCGGGCCUGGGACGCCACUGUCACCCCUCACAUGGGCCUGGUGUCUGCAGCCCUGUGGCCACAGCAGCCCCCUUGGGCAAGGGCGUGAGGUCGCCUGGGGGGUCCUGGCUCUGUGCAGUGUGCUGGGAGUGUCACCAGGGCCCCUUUUUCUUCCUGUGCUCCCCAAAAGUCUGUGGCGAGCCUGAGGGCCAGUGAAUAAAGGCGGGCGGCACUGCA